UAUUUAAUGUUUACAUACAUACAAUAGAUCGAGUUGAUUGUUGGUAUUGUCAUAAAUAUUUUUUUUCACGCUUGGAAAAGUAAAUAAAUCACGACACGCUCCAUUUUCAUUCUUCCUUUGAUCUCUGAAUAGAGUCAACGUUAAAUUAGGUAUAUGAAAAACGCGUCGGUUUUUUAAGUGAUUAUUACAAUGAUCGUGUUAUCAGGUAAACUGAACUAGCUGGAUGUAUUGCUCUGUGUUAACAAGGUCUAAUUAAAAUGUUAAAGGCACUACUCAUCACUCUUUUAGUUUCGAAAGAAGUCAACAGUUGUGGGCUAGAUUUCUUGGCUUACAAAGUUAUCAAUGGAGUCACUGGUGCCUAUAACUACGCUGUCAACGGCUUCAAAACAAGUUUAGACAAACUUAAGGAGAUCCAUCAUGAUGUUUCAGAAGAAAAAGUAGUGGAGAAAAGCACACCACCUCCUUACUCAGAGGCAUUAGUUGAAUAUUUCAACUCAAGACAAAAUGCAGAAAGCCAAAACGGAAUGGAAGGGAAUACUAUACCACCAGAUUUUCCAGAGAAUUACAAUAUUCCUGCUGUUCAGAACGCGUUUUUAUAUAAACAUCGACCCCCAAAAGUGUUACCAAGAACUACUACUGUCAAAACACCAAAACCCAAGCCAAAAAAGUGGGAAGACUGGUUCAUCUCAACCACAGAAUAUUCACGCAAAGAUCUAUAUGUGCUGUCAAGAUAUCCACAUAUAACAGGCCCACCGACUAAUAUCUACACAGGAAAGAAGAUCCCUAAAAAACUCUCAGAUUUUGCUGUUCCCAUAACCGACGUCCCAAUGAGGGGAAACCUCUAUGAUAAAGCUGUUGCAACAAUCGAACACGGUGAACCUGUAAAUCGAUUCGCUGUUCCCAUGAGGGGCAAUCUUUAUGAAAAGUUAGUGAUUCCUACUCAACAACCAAGAAGUUAUGUAGACUUAAAAAAGGAACUGCAGAAACCGAUAGAGGAACCAUUAAUAAAACCCAGUGAAUUGCGGUUUGCUCAAGAUCGAUUAAGGAUGCAAAAUGUAAUAAAUUACUUUAAACCUGAAGAUUUUAUUAAAUACAAUAUCUUAAAAGAAGCUUUGGGCCACGGGGAUAAAUUUCAUCAAAGCCAAAAUGAGCAUAAUCGUGGCUAUUCAAUAUAUGGUGAAGCUAAACCAGAACCAACAAUCGAUCGCAACGUAUAUGACUAUCUAGCUAAAAUAUCAGAAAAUACAGGAAAUGACGAUCAUGAGAAAUUUAUAAAUUUCAAGAAAGCAGCAGAAGAAUUAAAAAUUAAACAUUUAAAUGAAAUAUACACUCAAGGUGAAGGUGAAGGUGAAUUGAAAAAAAUAAAAAUGGAUUCAGAAGAAGAUAGAUUACCACUUUAUGAAGUGACUGUUCCUGCAGAGAGACCUAAAUAUGAGCCAAAUGCAAUCCCUAUCCACCGAUAUGGGAACAGUGUUUCAGAUACAGACAGACAUUAUGGACCUGGUGCCAGAUGGUCUGAAACUAAAAUGAAACAUUACCUGAACAUGGUGAGAGACGGAAGGUUUCCAAGGAUUCAAGCUGCUAUGAGGCCGCUUAAGUUAGAUACUCCUCCAACCCGCCCUAUGAAGAACUUGCUCAAAAUGGUGAAACCUCCUUUGUAUGAAGUCCGACCAGAGAAAGACGUUAUAUCCUCCAAUCCCAAGCACGAUGACGAAAAAAGAAAAAUUGGCAAAGCACUAGCCAAGAUGGAGAAAUUGAAGAAAGAAAAAAAAUCAGGAGUCACAAGAAAACCAAACGUUAUCAGAGAGAUGUUGCAAAAGGAAAAUCAUUUAUUCGAUGAUAUACCUGAACUAAGGAAGACAGUAAAGUCAUCAGCUCAAGAUGAUGACUAUGAUAAACGUGAAUACUUCAAGCCAAAGAUGUUAGAAAGUUAUCGGAAACUCGUAGACUUGAAUAUGUUGUAAAUAUAUGGUGUCAAGAUUCAGUUGUAUGUACCUACCUAUAAAUUAAAUAGAUUAUCAUUAAUAG